CCCCUAACUGCCACCAGCCGCCCCCACCGCCAUCAUGAGCGGCGGGGCCCGCGGCGGGCCGCCUUCCCCCACCAGCUCGGAGGGCGAGGAGCCGCGCAGCUCCUCCUCGUGCUCCCGGUUCUCCCCCGCUUCCCGGCCCGGCUCCCGCAGCUGCGAGGAGGAGGAGGAGGAGGAGGAGCAGGGGGAAGCGGCCUUCCAGAGCCGCCAAGGCGAUAGAAGGGUUGAGGACUGUGAGAUAAUAGGAGGAAGAAGUCAUUCCCCUUUGAAAGAUAACCUUUCACCAUGGGAAGAGUGGUUCAUCUGCAAAGAGAGAGAACUACGCAUCCGUUURCAAGCUAGAGCUCUGGAGAAAAUUAAUCUACAACUUGAGAAAACAAAAGAAAAGCAAGAUUCUGAAAAGAGGAGAAAAUUAGCUGAAGAGAAGCACAAGGAAUGGGUGCAAAGGAAAAAAGAAGAGGAAAGAAGGGAAAGGGAACGAAAGCUGAGCAAAGAAAUGGCAGAAAAGGCCACCAAGGAACUAGAAAAAAUGCAGUUACAAGAAAAGGCCAAAGAAAAGUAUAAAGAAUGGUUAAAGAAGAAAAGAGCUGAAGAGUCAGAAAAGAAGAAGAAAGAGAAGGAGAAGGAAAAAGAAAGGGAAGCUGAGCUACGGGAGAAGAGAGAGAGAUCAGAGAAGAUCUUUAAGGAAUGGCUGCAUAACGCUAGAAAUAAAGCCCGACCUGUUUUAAAUGGUUAUGGCUACCCACAUGGGAAGUCUACAGGAUGYUAUGAUGGAAUUUCAUAUCCAACUCCAGCAUAUUGUAACCCCAUUCCUUGGAAACCAAUACACAUACCUCCUCCAAAAGAAGACAGUAGUGUUAGCGUGAAGAGCAGCAAGAGAUGUGUACGCCCCCAGUCACAUAGAUCUUCACCUCUGGUAAUCUGUAAGCCCCAAACCACCCGUUGCGUAGCUUCCUCGCACAGGAAGCARUUGUAGUACAAAAGUCAAAAUCAGUCUGAAAAGCUCAAGUGACCAGGGCCGUAAAUAUGAAAUUAUACGUCCAAAACAGUUUUAACAAACAAAGCAAAGCACAGCUUUUGUGAACAGGCUUUGUACUGAAUGUUAAAUAACCAGUCACCUUAUUUUCCAAGGGUCUUUCGCAUGCUGAGCUUUACUGAAAAGUCAUAUGUGGCCAAUUGAAACGGGACUGUACUUUGAURCCAAUAAAACAUACAUCAUUGU